GUAAGCUGUUACAAUAUGAACAACCUUUAAAAAAAAAUAAGGAUCAACACUUUGUUGUGCCAAAACCAGGGGCCAAAAUAACAAGAAGGAAUAACACGGGGCAGUUUUGAAAUAAUCACAAUGCUCCUGAAAUCUUGAAAUAGUUUCAAGAAUCUUCUGUGUCCUUGCCGAUUAAGCAAAAUCGAGAAAACCAAAAGGCAAAUAUCGAACAUCCAAACCACAAUCAGGAAACCGAGAAAGGAAAAUCUUGGAAAGCCCGAGUGUUGCGAAAAUGGCGUUGCAAUGGGUGAUACUCGCAUACGUAGUGGCGGCUGAGGCCGCCGUGGCUAUUUUCUUGACGUUACCGUCGCCGAAGGCUCUGAAAUCUCGAAUCGUGUCGCUUAUCUCGCUCGUUCUACAGCCGUCACUCUUUAUCAUACCAUUCUCCACUUUUCAGCUUCUAGAUAUAUACUGGAAGAAUGAACAUCGGCUCAUGUGUACUGGGGAGAUCUGCACUGCGGCUGAGAGGGAUCGUUAUGAGAAAUCGAUUUACAAGUCUCAGAGGAAUGCAGUAUUGUGCACGGCUGCAUGUCUCCUCUACUGGUGCAUAUAUCGCAUUUGCAAGUAUCAUAGGGAGAUCCAAAGCAUGGAGGAGAUCGAGAAGAGGUACAAGGACGAGUAGUUGCUUUCUGUACUUUUAUCCUUCCUCAAUAUAGUAGAUACGAGGCUUUUUCUGUGAGCUGGGUGAAGGAUUAAAAAGAUGUCUUUAAUUGUAGUUUUGUCAUGCAUGAAUAACUUUGUAAUUUACGAAGCUUCUUGACUAGCACUAUGAUUUGGAUUAUGCUUUUUUCCAGAAAUAAAAAUGUUGUAUUCAGUUAUAUUUUCAUGUGAUUGAAUAGUUUGUAUGUUUUCAAUGUUCACCUGUUAUAUUCUGAAAGAAUAUGUCAUGUUGGUGUAUGGCAUUGCUAAUGUGCAUUCAUAAAUGGUGAAAAGCUCUACUGGUUUGUAUACUCGUUCUAUAUGUGUGAGAAUUGCGGCUGAGAUUGGCCGUUUGUUUCAGGAAAGGAUAUUUAUACAUGAAGCGAAAUUGACUAUAACGGAAAGCCUGUUGUACUGGUAUUGUAUGCGUAACUAAUAAUGGUGAAGUUCAAAUUCGAUGACACUGGGAAAUUUUUUCGUUUUAAGAUUGGUUUUGAAUUUUAAAUUAAGUUUUCCUGGGGAUAAAUGUUUCAUUAGGGUUAUCUUUGACUGGGGUUUAUCUGUGAACUAUCCCUGCAUAGUAAAACGUAAUGAUGUUUUAUGUCCAAGCAAUCGGUAUUUCUG